UCAACAUUCUAUGCUCCAACUCCCUACAACUAUCACCACUGUCUUCUCUUUCUCUCUUUCUCUCUCUCUCCCUCUCUCUCAUCUCACAUAACCAUAAUCACUUCCUUACCCAUCCCAACUACCACCAUGGCUGAUGCUGCCCUCUGGCUUCCCUCGCACUUCCUUGCCGCCCACGACCAUCACAUCAACAACGUCCACUUCCACGCCCCUUUCGCCUUUCCUUCCGAGUUCCCCUACGACCUUGGACUCUCUUCUCCGCCGCUCGAAUCUCUGGCCGGCUCCACGGAGACCCAAAGCAGCGACGGCGAAGAGGACUUCUUCGCCGGCCUCACUCGCCGACUCAGUCAGUCCUCGCUUAACGAAACUCGCAAACACCUCUCUGCGCUGCCUAUUCAACCCGACAACCGAACAUUCUCGGAGAUUCCGAGGAAGACUCAGGGUUUGGUCGGCUCCCCGCAGUCUACGCUUACCGGAUUCGGGAGCUGGUCGGGUCGAAGCGCCGGUUCCGGCGACGGAAGCCCGAACGGGUACUCGCGCGUACCUUCGCCCUCGACGACUCCAUUUGACGAAAACAACGACCCCUGGGAAGCUAUAUACGCUGCCGCCGGACAAGUCGCAAGGUUGAAGAUAAACAACAACCAUGUUUCUGAGUAUGACUUUCAGAAGAGCAGGGGAUUACUUACUCAUUCUCGUCCCAACCAGUGUUUCAGUCAGGUUGCGUCACCAAAGCAGCAGUGCGGUUCGGUUUGGGGAAGGCCAACCAAGCCUAACUGGGUUGUUCAGCAGCAACAGGUUCAGGUUCAGAACAGAGCGCGUGAGUUUGGCCAUGAGAGUAUGAAUGUGAAAUGCACUCGUCCUACAUGUUUUCCCCAAUCUGCAUGGUCCCCUAGUCAAGUUCAGCAACAAAACAGUCGGGUGCAGUUUGGCGGAUCCGGGUCUCGGGUUGCUGUAGGUACAGGUGGAUCUUCUGUGAAAAGGGGAUGCGGUGGAACUGGGGUGUUCUUGCCUCGUCAUUAUGAAACAACCCCUUCUGAACCUCGCAAGAAAACUGGCUCUGCUCCUGUCUUGUUACCGGCAAAGGUGGCUCAUACUUUGAACUUUAAUAUCGAUGACCUAAAUGGGGCUAACCAACAACGCUUUACUAAUGCCUUUGCUUCGGAUUACGACGCGAUUUUGGCGAGGAAAAAAGCGCUUCUGAUGCAGCAGAGACUGAGUGUUCGACAAGAAGAGGCAGCUAACUGUGAAAUUCGCCUACCGCAAGAGUGGACUUACUGACGCUUUUGACUCUGGCAACCAAAGAAGCUCUGAUUUCUCCAAGGAAAACUUGUAUGGAGAAGAAGUGAAAUAGUUUUUGGUAGCCUUGUUUGGUUGUUUUGACAGAAGACGAAAUUGAAGAAUGCGUUUGGCUAGUUUAGUUCAAAUAAGGCAUCUCAUCCACUUUUUUCUUCCUAGUUCCAGUUCUGGGAAGAAAAGCUAGGAAGCAGCUUUUGGGACCUGGUUUAGUUUUAGUGGAAGGAAUAGUGAAAGGAUAGCAGAUUAGGAAGGGUUUUUUCCUUUUUUAUUUUUCUUUUACCCUUUUAAUAUUAAUAUUAUUAUUAGUUGUAAUAAUAACAAUAAUAAGAUAAAAUCUGGUCGUUUUCUUUGGCGUUAUUAUCGUUAUGGUGAUGAUGAUACUGAUAGGGCUAAGGUGCAAGGUAUGGCCAAGUUUGAAAUGAAGCGAUGUUCAUUUCGCUAUGGUAUAUUGUAUGUUUAUAAGUUUGAUUAUGUAAUAAAAUGAUGGUUUGUGCAUUUUGAAGAUCAGUGUCUGAGUUUUAGGGUUGUGAUGAUGAAGAUAAUUUGAAUGAAAAAGGAGGGGAGAAAGAUAUUUGGGAA